UGCGGGGCAGCCGGCUCAGUCGUUCCGGUGUCGGCAUGGUCACUACGGCAGGGGGGCUCGUUAGCUGUAGCCGCUGCCGGGCUCAGGCUACAGCUAAGCGCCCAGGGAGGCGGCUGCUCGGUUUCUUUGCCCUGCGGGCUCGGGGUUGAACUUCCUGGGUCAGAAGCUGCUGCCGCCGCCUCCAUCUAUUGCGAUCCCGGAACCGGACUUAUCAGGUGCUCCCCAGCGGGGUCCGUGCGGGGAGAGCCCUUCCCUAGCGCCCCUCGGGGCCCGGCCGGGGGGACUUGCUCCGGGGGCUGGGAGCAGCCCCGGGCUCUGCCGACACCAGCCCCUGAGCCGGAGCCUGCAGGUUGUCCCAUGCCCUCCAGAAACAGGGAAGGGAAAUGACUGCAGCGGAGCUGGUGACCUUUGAGGAGGUGGCUGUGUAUUUCUCUGAGGAGGAAUGGGCUCUGCUGGACCCGGGUCAGAGAGCCCUCUACAGGGACGUCAUGCAGGAGAAUUACGAGACUGUGACCUUGCUGGCAGGAUUUCUGAUUUUCAAACCUGAUGACAUCUCCUGGCUAGAGCAAGGAGAGGAGCUGUGGCUCCCUGAUCUCCAUGGAUACAAGGAAAGAGAGAUCCCAAGAAACACCCACACAGGUGAUGGGACGGUGAGUGAUACUGAGGAGGAGAAUCCUGAGCAGGAAGGUCCUGAGCAAGUGGAACCACAGGGGACAGUAUCGGAAAGAGCCAAAGGGGAUAGUUCCCAGAGUCAUGAGGAGGGAGAAGCCCAUGAGGGUCAGAGCAGGCCAGAGACAGAGCAAGAAAACCACUCAGAGGAGAGACAGGGUAAAUCUAGAGGAAUCAGGAAAAUCAAAGAAACUGUUCAACAGAGAAUCCCCAGUGGAGAGAGAUCCUACAUGUGUGGUGACUGUAAGAAAAGCUUCCAACACAGAUCAGCCCUUAUUAGACAUCAGAGAAUCCACACAGGGGAGAGACCCUACAAGUGUUUCGACUGUGGGAAAAGCUUCAGACAAACCUCAGCCCUUAGUAAACAUCAUACAGUCCACACGGGAGAGAGACCCUAUGAGUGUCUAGAGUGUGGGAAAAACUUUCGUCAGAGGUUCCACCUUGUUAAACAUCAGAGAAUCCACACGGGAGAGCGACCCUAUGAAUGCCUCAUGUGUGAGAAAAGCUUCAGUGAGAAUUCACAGCUUCUAUCACAUCAGAGAACCCACACAGGAGAGAGACCCUAUAACUGCCCCGAUUGCGGGAAAAGCUUCCGUCAUAGAUCAGUCCUUGUUGAACAUCAGAGAAUCCACACGGGAGAGAAACCCUACAAAUGCAAUGAGUGUGAGAAAAGCUUCAGUCGGUUCUCUCACCUUCUUUCACAUCAGAGAACCCACACAGGAGAGAAACCCUAUAACUGCCCCGACUGUGGAAAAAGCUUCAGUGAAAGCUCAACCCUUAUUCAACAUCAGAGAAUCCACACGGGAGAGAAACCCUACAAAUGCAAAGAGUGUGGGAAAAGCUUCAGUCACAUCUCACACUUCCUAACACAUCAGAGAAUUCACACAGGAGAGAAACCCUACAACUGCCUUUACUGUGGGAAAAGCUUCAGUCACAACUCGACUCUUACUCAACACCAGAGUAUCCACACGGGAGAGAAACCCUACAAGUGCAAUGAGUGUGGGAAAAGCUUCAGUCGGAUUUCACGCCUCCUAUCACAUCAGAGAAUCCACACAGGAGAGAAACCCUAUAACUGCUCUGACUGCGGUAAAAGUUUCCGUCAGAGGUCAGUCCUUGUUACUCACCAGAGAGUCCACACAGGGGAGAAAUCCUUUCAAUGUCCAGAAUGUGGGAAGAGCUUCACUGUGAGCUCAGCCCUUACUAAACAUAGGAGAAUCCACAGUGGAGAAAGUCCCUAUGAGUGUACUGACUGUGGGAAAAGCUUCAGUCAGAAUUCACAGCUUCUAUCACAUCAAAGAACUCACACAGGAGAGUGACCCUAUAACUGCCCCAAUUGCGGAAAAAGUUUCCAUCAUAGCUUAGGCCUUAUUGAACAUCAGAGAAUCCACAUGGGAGAAAAACCCUACAAAUGUGCUGAGUGUGGGAAAAGCUUCGGUCGGAUCUCUGGCCUCCUAUCGCAUCAGAGAAUCCACCCUGGAGAGAAACGCUAUAACUGCCCUGACUGCAGGAAAAACUUCUGUCAGAAGUCAGUCCUUGUUGCUCACCAGAGACUCCACACAGGGGAGAAACCCUUUUAAUGCCCAGAAUAUGGAAAAAGCUUCACUGUGAGCUCACAAACAUAAGAGAAUUCACAGUGGAGAAAGACCAUACAAGUGUAUUGACUGGGAACGGCUUCAGUCAUAUCUCACACUUUCAAUCAUAUCAGAGAACCUCCAUUGGAGAGCCACCUUAUAAAUGCCCUGACUAUGGGAAAGGCUUUCGGCACAGCUCAGACCUCAUAACACAUAAGAGAAUCCAGAGAUCACAAAACCAAGAAUUGUCCUGGCUGGGGAAGGGCCAAGUGAAUAGCACCUUUGCCAAUUCCCACAAAUCUCAGAGGGUCAGGCCAGGCCUGGCAGGAGUGGCCAUGUAAUGAGGACAUGGUGUAGUUAUAAAGCA